AUGGGCGCCGAAGACUGGAACACACAGGAGGAGACCCGCAAGUACGCGGAAAAGCACCUGCGAAUCCUCUCAGGUCUCUACGGCAUCGUGCGGCCCUACGAUGACGUGAAGCCUGUCAGAGACGUCCCGAUGAACGCCAAGAUCAAGACGAAGAAAGGGCUCUACCUCACCGAGUUCUGGGGGGAUUCCAUCACCAAGCAGCUCAGCAGAGAUCUGAAAUCCAUCAGUGAAGGCAACAAAGGUGGUCAUUGCCUUCUCGUGAAGUGCACCAGCGAUGAGUACUUCCAGUCGGUGCAAGCGCACAAUCUCCCAGAGGGCACAACCUUGGUCGAGAUUCAGUUCGAGCAAGCGCCAGAGGAUGUCGUGGCGAAGGCUCGCUGCCUGUUUGCCCGCUUCGUGGUGGAGAAGAAGAUCUGCACCCCCGAGGGGCUCAAGGAUUUCAAGUCACAGGAGUGGUCCUUGGACGAGCGCCGAUGUACCAUCCAAAAGGUCUUCUAUGUCUGGAUUGGGGACGAGCGUCAUCGAAAGCAGAAGAAGUCUAAGAAAGACGACAAGGCAAGAGAUAAAGACAA